UGAUGAAAUGCCAAGCCCUCCAGCUUUCCAAUUCUGCUCCUUGUUCUUCACUUACAACUCCUGAUCCCCGAGCGUGCUGCUCUACACUUUCACCUGUCAUGUCUUUUUAAUUUGCUGUUCAAUUCGCACCCAUGCCUGUCUGCUGUGUCGUUGACUUUGGCUCGCUGAUAAACCCUCCCUUACAGCACAAUGGGCGGCAGUCAAGAAGAAUUUCCACUCUUGAACAGCCUUGGCUUGUAUGCUGCCAACAUACUCGGUGAUGGAAAUUGCCUUUUCCACGCACUCAGUGAUCAGUUGUACGGACACCAAAGAGAACACCAAGUCAUACGUUCCAAGGUCAUUGGAUACAUGCGAGAACAUGCCGACUAUUACAAGCAAUUCAUAGAUGCUCAGCCUGGAGGUGGCACCCGAAGAAAUCCCAAGAGAAAGAAUGUCGGUUCAUUCUCUGCCGUCUCGGCUGCUCCCUCCGAGGCAGACAUCGACCAUACGUUCCAGAACCACCUAGAGAGGAUGGCAAAAGGUGGCACAUAUGGUGACAACAUGGAGAUUUCGGCCUUUAGCUCUGCAUACAACGUGGAUGUCAAGAUCUAUCAGCGGGACUUUGCCUACAUGAUCUCAGGAUCUGGUGACGCAGGCGAGAGGGAAAUAGCCCACAUUGCUUACCAUGCCUGGGAGCAUUACUCGUCCAUCCGUAACCUCAACGGCCCUCACUCUGGCCCACCCGAAGUCACUGUCAAAGCCUUGUCGCCGGACGAGGAGCAGAAGCAGAAAGAGAAGCUGGCACAAACACCUCACGUGCUCCCUUGGAUGGUCGACGUCGUCUCGUCUUCCUUACCCUUCCUCGCAGACAAGCCAACCAUCAAACGCACACUUGAAGAAUGCAAAGGCAACAUCGAUGCUGCUGUCGAUAAACUCAUGGGUGCUGAAGAGAACGGUAGCCUUUCGUCUGCACAAGAAAGCUCAAGCGUCGAGCGUGAGCCUGACAGCGAUGAGGAAUACCCUGGCAAAGACGGACCCAACAAGAAGCGAGACCGCAGACCGUCGUCUCGACAGCAGUCUCGAGAGGCCAACUCAGAUGAGAUGCGAGCCAAGUUCGAAAGCCACAACGACUCCGUCGAAUCGGUCAAAUCCGAGAUUUCAGAAACUCCAAGCUCACAAUCUGACAAGAAGGGCGAGGCAAUUCCUGACACACGCCCCAGACCCACUAUCAGACUCAAGUUCAACUCACAAAAGGCUCCUUCUCCAGCACCUGUCCCCGCCAAAGGGCCUCAACGACAGACUGCCCGAGACAAGAAAGACAUGAAGAAGCAGGCUCAAAAGGCUGCUCGUAAAGAGCGGGAGCAGGCCGCAGCUGACAGCGAUCGCCCUGACAGCCCCAACACAUCUGGUAUGAAGCUGCGCAGCAAAGGCAUGGUCAACACUCCACCCAUCGAGUCUGGUUUCCGUACCCUCUUCAUCUGAACUGGAUGCUUUUCAUGCCUAUGGCCUUUCGGUAUCGGAUGAAGGGCGGUCAUGCCGGUACAUGAGCAACACGCCCUCACAUCCUCUUUUCUUCUUUUAUGGCUCUCAAUGAUGCAUAGCGUGGGCACUUUGACGGUCCGGAACUGUGAUUUUUCUAUACCACCAUGAGCAUGGCGACGGCGUACACAGGAGUAAUGGUGGUGCAUUUAGGAUACGAAUUGGCAUCGAUAUGCCAGAAGCAUGGCAUGAUGACACUAGACGGGUACUGUAACCCGAGCUUCUAAUCUUUUUGGUUUCAUAGCGAUCAGUAACACUCAAGACGAGGUGUAACGCAAUACAAUGUCCCUCUGAUCGAUCAGUGCUUCCCCCUGAAUAUGAAGUUCUUGC